CCAUUAAAGCCAGUAAACUCAAAAAGCAAAGCCGGAAAAAGCAAAAUACACUCCCGUACUUUACUUGAGUGCCCCCUUGGAGUGGUAGAUCAGUCCGCCUUGAGCCUCGCCGCAGUUGAGAGAGGAAUCGUCGUGCUCCUUCUUUUUAGCCUCCCGCCGCCUGGUCCUGUCAUGUGCUGGCCUGGGUGUGCGCCUCCUGUAGGGACAUAAUUCACCUGCCGUCCUGCCUCAUAUGACCGCCCCUCCGUGGACCCCAAGGAGGUGGUAGCCGGCAGAAUGUUUGGCCUUGGGAACUUCGACUACCCCAAGUACCGGUCCGAGUGCAGCUCCAUCGCCUCCUUCUCCUCUGACAGUGGCUCAAAGAAGAGACGCGGAUCAUUCCUAGACAACAAUGAAGAUGACGGGGAGUCGAUCAAGAUCCCACGCACCUCCGGGGAGUGGAGCAAAAGGCAGAACCACAGCGAGAUCGAGAAGCGUCGGCGGGACAAGAUGAACACCUACAUCAUGGAGCUGAGCAGUAUCAUCCCCGUGUGCACCUCGCGGAAGCUGGACAAGCUGACGGUGCUGCGGAUGGCGGUGCAGCACAUGAAGAUGCUCCGCGGCUCCCUCAACUCCUACACCGAGGGACACUACAAGCCCGCCUUCCUCUCUGACGACGAGCUCAAGAAUCUGAUCCUGCAGGCAGCUGAUGGCUUCCUCUUUGUGGUGGGCUGUGACCGGGGCAGGAUCUUGUAUGUGUCAGAGUCUGUCUACCAAACACUCCACUACACUCAGGGUGAGCUGUUGGGGACGAGCUGGUUUGACAUCCUGCACCCCAAGGACCUAACCAAGGUGAAGGAACAACUCUCCUGCUCGGACAUCAGCCGCAGGGAGAGGCUCGUUGAUGCUAAGACGCUCCUGCCGGUGAAGGCCGAUGUGCCCCAGGGCCUCACCAAGCUGUGUCCCGGGUCGAGGCGCGCGUUCUUCUGCCGUAUGAGGUGCAAGUCUGCGCCGGUGCUGAAGGAGGAGGCCGACUCAUCCACCGGCUGCCCCAAGAAGAAGUCCAAGUCACAGAGUUCAGACAAGAAGUACAGCGUCAUCCACUUCACCGGCUACCUCAAGUCCUGGGCGCCCACCAAGGACCCGCUGGAAGAGGACUCGGGCAGUGACUCGGAGUCCUGUAACCUGUCCUGUCUGGUGGCAGUGGGUCGCGUCCACCAGCCCCUACUAGCUUCAGGGGCACAGGAGGCUGCACGAUUUGGCCGCACUGUCCCGCCGCAGUCCAUCGAUUUCAUCUCCAAACACACCAGCGAUGGCAAGUUUGUCUUCAUUGACCAAAGAGCCUCACUGCUGCUGGGGUGGCUGCCGCAGGAGCUCUUGGGGUCCAGCAUGUAUGAAUACUUCCACCAGGAUGACAUUCCUCUGCUUGCCGAGACCCACCGCUCCACCCUGCAGUCCUCCGAGAGCUGCAACACACAGGUGUACAGGUUCCGCACCAAGGAGGGUUCGUUCGUGCGUCUGCAGAGCGUGUGGUGGACCUUCAAGAACCCCUGGACCAAGGACAUCGAGUACAUCAUCUCCAAGAACAGCGUCGUCACGUCUGAGGCGGGUCUGGUGGAGAGCACAAUGGCAAACGAGGCGGUGUCGCAGUCCUUCAACAGCUUCAACGAGUUCCUCAGUUCGCCGGGCACGCCAGGGGGAGCCGGAUCCUCCAACAGCAACAGUCGUCUCAUUGGGGGCGGCAUGCAGGCUGGGAAGAUCGGCCGCCAGAUAGCAGAUGAGGUCCUGGACAGCCAGCGACGGAACGACUCCUCCUCCAACAGCCCCGUGUCGCCCUUCGAGGGGAUCCUGGGCUCUGGGGCCUCGGAUCGCUCCUUUGCGGCACUCCUGCGCUCCGACAUGACUGCGCAUAGGAGCAACAUGAAGAACAACUCCCUCCUGAGCAGCAACACCAGCACGUGCUCCGGCAGCGACACCAGCCGGGGCCCGCAGCUCAGCGCCACCACCACCACCACCACCGCCAACAACAACAACCACCACCACCACAACUCAACCAUCGCCGCCACUGACCGCAACGCCAACUUCAACCACAACAACAACCACAGACAACCGGUCUCCAACGAGGGUGACCUGAUGGAUGUGGUCAGCGGCCGGGACAUGGAGACCGACGGGACGAGCGACUCAGAUGAGGCGGCGAUGGCGGUGAUCAUGAGUCUGCUGGAGGCUGACGCAGGGCUGGGCGGCCCGGUGGACUUCUCCCACCUCCCAUGGCCACUCCCUUGAGGCUCAGGUGUGCUAGUCUCCUCCCUCCUCAUCUGUCUCCUCCUCCUCUUCCAUGGUAUUCAGUAAGAUCAUGGCGGUGUUUGUUUAGUCUAUUUCCAUUUCUUUCCUUUUUUAUAUAGCGAGGGAGACAGCUCAAGGGCAAAAAACGACAACAAAAAAGCCUGCCCAACGCUGCUUCGGCAAAAGAAAAGUGAACGAAAGGCCUGAAAAGAGGUGUUUCUGUUUCUUUUGUUUGUCUCCAUUUCUAACCUUGUCCAUUGUCGCUGUUUAUCCGGUGAUGUUGUGGAAGGAUUACACGUGUUCUUCCAGCAAGGUCCCGGUGAUGUGUGUGUGUGAUCUUGAUUCUUGCAUUGUUCCUCAUUUGUUAUUCCUCAUCCUGUCGCUGCUGUGGUGUGAAGAGUGUGUUGACCAGGGUUAGGAAGGCUUCACAGAUUCACACUUGGCUAUUGCACUACAGGAGAGAGGAGGAGGAGGAGGAAGGGCAGUGAGGAGGAGGGGAGCAGUCUGUCUUGCCUUGUUCCUCAUCCUGUAUCUGCUAUGAUGUAAAAAGUGUCUUGGCCAGGGUUAGGAAGUCUUCACAAAUUCACACUUGGUCAUUUGCAGUACAGGAGUGAGGGGAGAGUAGAGAGGAAGGAGGAGGGGAACAGUCUUUCUUGCCCUGUUCCUCGUUCUGUAUCUGCUGUGGUGUAAAAGGUGUCUUGGCCAGAGUUAGGAAGCCUUCACAGAUUCACACUUGGCCAUUUGCAGUACAGGAGAGAGGAGGAGGAGGAGGAAGGGCAGUGAGGAGGAGGGAGCAGUCUUUCUUGCCCUGUUCCUCAUUCUGUUGCUGCUAUGAUGUAAAAAGUGUCUUGGCCAGAGUUAGGAAGGCUUCUCAGAUUCACACUUGGCCAUUUGCACUACAGGAGAGAGGAGGAGGAGGAGGAAGGGCAGUCAGGAGUAAUUUUUCUGGUGUCAUUUGAUAGCGAUGCACCAGUGACUGUCUUAGCGCCAUGAGAUGUGUGCGUCGAGAACUUUCAGUAAUGGAGUACAAAUUUUCACUCCUUUUCUUCAAGAUCGCCUCCUUUUCUCGUUCUUGAAAUGCCAUCCACUAAAUCACUGUCUACUCUGUGUACUACCCCUCAGAAACAUUUAUAUAUGAUACCCUAUAGUUCCCAUAAAAGAGAAUGUAUAUAUACAUACAAAUAUCUAUCAAUAUUAUUUAUAUAUAUGUAGAAUCUAUACAUAGCUUGUGACUUCCAGCUCCUCAUGAAUACCCUUAGGAGUUGUUUUGUUGUCAUGGAUCCACUUUCCUUCAUCCACUGACAGGCUGGGAUGGGUGCCUUUAUAUACAGUUGAGGCGCCCAGACAGUCUCAGUAGUCCUCUUGUGUGGGUGACCUCUAAGGCUUGUGUGCCAGGAAGGUUUGCAGGGAAUAAUACUAAACCCAACCCAGCCAGAACUAGGGCUGCCAAAAAUCCAUUCUGAAAUAUAUGAAGAAAUAAUCUGAGUAAUUAAAUUGAUUCACGAAGUAUAAAGUUUAAGAGCAGUAACUUCUCACCCUGUGCAGUGACCGCUAUAAUAAUGCCCGUGGUACAGUUGGUACACUUAACCCGGUAGCAGCGACGGGCCAAAUUUGUGGCUUUACCGUGCAGCAGCGACAGGCCAAAUUUGUGCAAUGAUAUAAACCCCCAAAAAUAGAUGAUGCAUAAUCUGAUCAGAAAUGCUUUGCCUUUGAUAUAUAUUAUGAAAUGGUUUGUGUGAGGGGUGAUUUUUUCUCAUUUUUCUCGCUUGGAGGGACCAUUAAGAAACAUGAUCCCCGCUGCUACCGGGUUAAUGGAAGAACGCGUCUCUCGCCACAUACAAGUGUGGAUUUUAUAUUUUUGUUCCUCCUCUUCAUAUCAUUAGUUAUGAAGACUUCCUUUUGAUCUUAGGAUGUUAGUUGGUGUACACUGAGUUAUGUUUCUUGUGCUGCUGCUGCUGUUUCUUGGUAGCCUGACUACCUGCUGACCUCAUAGCAUAAGUGGCAGGGAUGGAGGACCCCAUCUCACAGAUUGCUUUUUUGUUGACUAAGACUGAAAAAUACAUGAGAAUAUUUAUGAAUUUGUACAUUUGACAUAUUUUGAGUUAUCUAUAUUAUAUAUCUGUGUUUAGGCUUUUAGAGCUGGACAUUGUUCCUGCUCCAUAUAUGUGGGAGUGAGUGGGCAGACAAGGUCAUAAGUGGCAGGAUUUUCAUUAAAUAACUAACUAGUUUUGUUAGACUGACUCUGAAUUUUCACUUGGUUGAGCUUUAUAAAAGACAAAUCUUAACAGUUCAAAGUUUUAUAGAGAGCUUGGAUCCCUGUUUUGGAAAGCUUUAAUCCUCAGCUGACGCAGCACUGCCAGGGUCAGCCACGCGGCCACGCGGCAGCAUUGGCUGGACGGGGAGCAGGAACACUGGGGCCACUUUACACACACACCACUGAAAAGUUCAGCACAUAACCAUGUACACACCCUUUCCUCAAGCACUGUCUGAUUGAUGCUGUACAGCCCAGUCUAGUCAUUGAUGGUGCUUUUUUAGUUAAUGCGAAUUGCAAACUUUCUUUUGUAAUGUGUUGCCCACACACCACCUUGUUCUGUUUCACAGAGACACAGUUCAAUGGCCCAGAAAAGAAUAAAGCAGUGUUUUUGUGUUGCUAAUAGUAAUUUUUAGACUGUGUUCUUGACAGUCUAUUGUCUGCUUUAUUGCUGCAUAACUAUCAGUGUCAGGCUAGGUGUUGUGCCCACUGUGGCUUCAUCACAGCACAGGCACCACUCGGAAAUGCCCUACUUGUGUCAUGUCCAGAUCCUCCCCUUGAGCCAGCCAGUGCUGCCCACCACCCCGGCAUGAGUGUCACAUUAAUCAGUCACACUGGGUUUGUUUACUCUAUGAUGCUUACAUACACAGUGGAGGUUUUUCUAAUUUUGGCUCAAUCUAUAAAAAAGAUAAAGAAGAGCACCAAUUGAUUAUUAGUAGAAGAGAUGCAAUAUUAUUUGGUACAUUCACAGAAAGAGGAAGAAAAUAAGCCACACUUAUAUAUAUAUACCACACAGACCUUUUUUGUAGUUUCUCAAACUCCCCAAAAGAGAAGUUUAAGGGAGACUGCACACAUAAGUAACAGUCCUGGAGGCGACACAACCUUCCUUUUCCGUGAAGCGCUGCGCUCACCAUUGCCGGACUCUUGCAUGAUUCCAUCCUCUUGGCAGUUUCUUACUCAUAAGUAUUUGCUCAGAAAUUGUAUUAGACAAAACUCCUUGUCCAUGUUGAUAAAAAAAGUGUCCUGUAGAAAUAACACACUAACAUUUGUCUCAGGUCUGACUAUUUCUGGUGUUUGAGUAGCAUUUUCACGUCCCGCUGACAAGGCUCACCUCCUCAUUAGUUGGUGUCUUAUAUGUAGCUAUAUAUAAUUAUUAGUUAAUAGAUCUUUGUUGUGUAUUUAUGUGAUUUAUGUGUAGAAUGUGAUUGAGUGGUUUAUUUGUGGAUCAGUGACAUUUGGAAAAGAGAUUUGUUCUACACUGAAUCUUUAGAAAGUGUUAAAGUGUGGAUAAGGUUUUGAAGCCGUGGGAGAGUCAAGCAGUUUGCUGGUCCGAGCGAGCCAGUCGUUGGUGUUCUGCGUGACCUGACGCACCACACCGUAAAGAGCAGCUCGUUUAACCAAGACAGGGAAUAGACAUGUAAGGAGCGAAUUAUUUUUAUUUGUUAAAAGGUUACUGUUGCAAUAGCGCUUCGGUGGGGAGUAGAAUGUUAUGUGAGAGCAUAUUUGUUAGUGUUUAUGUUGCAUGCCGAUGAUGCCAUGCUAUUUAAGGAAUGAAAGAAAUUAAUGGUAUGUGAUUAUAGAUGAAAAAGUGUCUUGUGGUUAUACUUAUUAGAGAAAUUUACUGUGACCGGAGGAGCAGGCGGACACUAGUGACAAGCGUGUGUGUUUGUGUGUAUGUUGCAGGGUAUGUUACUACUUCAUAUGUGGAAGAAUGUAAAUUUAAAGCUAUCACUAAGAAAGGAAGUUCACUGCAGUUACGGAAAAGAAAAUCAGUUGAAGUCUCAGAAACUUUAGAGGCAAUUAAAAAAGCAAACUGCGGGAUCCUAAUACUGAAAUCAACAUUGCCAGAUUAUUGUACUCGGAGAUGUUCCCGGAUUCUGCCCCAUAACUUUUUUUAUUUUUAUUUAUUUAUUUAUUUUUUACGUCUACGCCAAUUACGCCGGUUAGCUUGCUUGAGGGGCCUGGAUGGUAGUCGUCCCCAGCCCAUUAUGGCACAGGCAAGUGUUUAUAGUGGCGCCAUCUUCUCGUCUCUAUUGUCAAAAAACACCAAUAAUUAACCAUUUUAACGAUAACUAUAUAUAAAAACAGUUAAAGGGGUGGAGGAGGCAGUUUGGGGGUUGGAAAUCAGAAAACAAAAACGUGGAGAACGAGAAUCUGGCAACGUUGAUACUGAUGUGUGUUUGUGAGUGGACGCGUUUGAGUGAGUGAGUGUUGGUGUGAGGGUUUGUAUAUGUGUAUGUGGCGCCAUGACCUCAUACCAGGGUUGCCAAAAUAUCGUACUCAAAACAUCGCAUUUAUCAUUUCCAGGGCCCAAAAUUUUCUUACCCACACAGAUAAUGAAAUUCCAAAGUUCUCGUUAAAAGCGUUACUUAUUGCCGUUUGUUUGCUAUAGCUGUGACUCAGAAACCGGAAAAUACGACAUACUGAGUGGCUGAAUACGAUAAUUUGAUAACCCUGCUUCAUACCCUCAAUUAUAUAUGUUAGUAUGGAUGAUGAGCUAAACAAGGCCACUGCUUCUACGCCACGGCAUGUACCCAAAAUAAGUGUCAGGAUGAAGCACCUCCGGCAGUGUGUUGUCCUGAGCCAUCCCGCCCUCAACCCUUGCCUUCGUAAUCAUCACAACACAGUACAAUUGAAGCCUUGGUCUGUACAGGAUUCCCAGGAGGAGCGUAUAUGAUAGCCUCCCUCGUCUUGGCUCUGUCCGGUCUGGUAGGAUUGCGAUGGAUGGAUGAAAGGUCUGUCGAGCAUCCAUUGCAUCACACACUAAAUGUAAUUGGUCUUUUAGUGUUUAAGUGUGUGUGUGUGUAUGUGUGUGUGUGUGGCUGUAGUGGCAUGCUAUAAUAUUUAACAAUUCAUUCAUAUUACCUCAAACAAGUAGAGCAUCUAAAUCAGGACCUCACGUGUUUUAUAUAUAUAUAUAUAUCGAUACAAAACGCAUACUACUUUACAUGUAUAUAUAUAUAAACUAUUUCUAGGUGGGAAAGUACAAAGGGGAUACAUAUAUAUUACAAAAAGAAGCUAUUUUACUACAGUGGCUAUGUAACACACUGCUUAAGGGGUGAAAAGGAUCCCAAAAUUGUGCGUACCUUUCCUUGCCGUGUCUUAAUGAGAGGAGGGAGUGCGUAGCUGCGGACACGGGGCGAGAGUGUGGACCGAGAGGCGUCUGUCUAUGAGCAAAAUGACCAUAAAAAACUCUAGUCCUGCACCCUGCCAUAUCAUUUUAGCCGAUGAUAGUAUACGUAAACUACUGUAAAGGUUGAUGGAAGGCGUAGACGGAGGAAAAAAUAUAUAUUGAUUAGUUUAGCAUGAGGAUGGUAGCAUGAAGUCUUAUUACAUUAUUAGUGGAGCGAGCGGACAGUAUUUUGAUGUUCGUUCUUCUGCGAUGAGAUAGAAAGUACGUAUUGGAUGUUGUUCGGAAUAUUCAAGAGGUUAGGUUAUGGAAUUCUUAGAGACAUUUCAUAGGCUAUUACAUUAUUAGUGGAGUGAGCGGACAGUAUUUUGAUGGUCGUUCUUCUGCGAUGAGAUAGAAAGUACGUAUUGGAUGUUGUUCGGAAUAUUCAAGAGGUUAGGUUAUGGAAUUCUUAGAGACAUUUCAUAGGCUAUUACAUUAUUAGUGGAGUGAGCGGACAGUAUUUUGAUGUUCGUUCUUCUGCGAUGAGAUGAAAAGUACGGAUUGGAUGUAGUUCGGAAUAUUCAAGAGGUUAGGUUAUGGAAUUCUUAGAGACAUUUCAUAGGCUAUUACAUUAUUAGUGGAAUGAGCGGACAGUAUUUUGAUGGUCGUUCUUCUGCGAUGAGAUAGAAAGUACGUAUUGGAUGUUGUUCGGAAUAUUCAAGAGGUUAGGUUAUGGAAUUCUUAGAGACAUUACAUAGUUUAUUACAUACUUAUUGGAGCAAGAGAUCAGUAUUUUGAUGUUCAUGUUUCUGCGAUGAGAUAGAAAGUACGGAUUGGAUGUAGUUCGGAAUAUUCAAGAGAUUAAGUUAUGGAAUUCUUAGAGUCUAUUACAUACUUAGCAUACCAAGAGAACAGUGGUAUGGUAUUUUUUUCUGUAACGCUCAGUAAGAUGAAAAAAAUUUAUGUAGUAUAUAUAAGACAUAGUUAGGCAUUUACGAGGUUACGGGAUUCAGAGACAUUAAAAAAUCUAUUAUAUAACUAGUGAAGCAAGAGAAUGAGUAUGAUGAUUUUCCUGAUGCUUAGAGAUAAAAUAAGCAUAUGUAUGUAUAGAAUGUAGUUAGGUAUUCAAGAGGUAUGGAUGAUGGCGAGGUUACCAGGACUUACUUGUGGAUUAUGUUAAUGCAGACGGUGUGUUAGAGACUAGAAGGGGACGAGAGGAAGAGGUGAAGAUGGAAGAUGAUAGGAAGUGGAGGUGAAAUAGGAAGGUGAUGGGAGGAGGUGAAGGUGAUUGAAAGGAGAAGUGAAAUAGGAAGAUGAUGGGAGGAGGAGGUGAAGGUGUUGAGAGGUGAAAAAGGAAGAUGAUGAGAGGAAGAGGUGAAGGUGGAAGGUGAUAAAAGAAGGAGGUGAUGAUGGUGAUGAAAGAGGAAGGGAAUGAGAGAUGAAGAUGAUGUGGGCGAUCGGUGAAAAUGGAAGGGGAUGAAGGAGGAAUGGAAUGAAGGGAAGAUGACGCUGGUGAUUGGUGAAAAUGGAAGGGAAUGAAGAGAAGAUGAUGGUGAGGGGUGAGCAUAGAAGGGGAUGAAGGGAAGAGGUGAUAUUGAUGAGAUGACCGAGAGAGGGGCAUGUCUCCUAAAAACUGUGAGGUGAAGAAGUGAAACUGGCAAGGGACGAGAGAGGUCUUGUCUAUGGGCGAACUUGUGUGUCAUGUCAUCAUUGUUAAGAGCUUACAACAAGUCUUUCAGUGGUCUAUUAAUAGGGAUAAUUAAUCUAGAAUAGGAACUCCCGAGGCACUCACACACCUGUUCUCUAGCAUUGUUGAGGAAGGUGUCUUGGAGGAUGUUAGUAUUGCAAUAUCUGCCGUAAGUAAAGUAUUGAGCCUUGUUCUCGUUGAUACACAAAAAUUAUACAUAUUUGCAAGAUUACACAGUUUUCCUCUUAUUAUACAUAUUUGCAAGAUUACACUAUUUUCCUCUUAAUUAUACAUAUUUGCAAGAUUACAUUAUUUUCCUCUAAUUAUACAUAUUUGCAAGAUUACAUUAUUUUCCUCUUAAUUAUACAUAUUUGCAAGAUUACAUUAUUUUCCUCUAAUUAUACAUAUUUGCAAGAUUACACUAUUUUCCUCUAAUUAUACUUAUUUGCAAGAUUACAUUAUUUUCCUCUUAAUUAUACAUAUUUGCAAGAUUACAUUAUUUUCCUCUUAAUUAUACAUAUUUGCAAGAUUACACUAUUUUCCUCUUAAUUAUACAUAUUUGCAAGAUUACAUUAUUUUCCUCUAAUUAUACAUAUUUGCAAGUUUACAUUAUUUUCCUCUUAAUUAUACAUAUUUGCAAGAUUACACUAUUUUCCUCUAAUUAUACAUAUUUGCAAGAUUACAUUAUUUUCCUCUUAAUUAUACAUAUUUGCAAGAUUACAUUAUUUUCCUCUUAAUUAUACAUAUUUGCAAGAUUACAUUAUUUUCCUCUAAUUAUACAUAUUUGCAAGAUUACACAGUUUUCCUCUGAUUAUACAUAUUUGCAAGAUUACACAGUUUUCCUCUAAUUAUACAUAUUUGCAAGAUUACACUAUUUUCCUCUUAAUUAUACAUAUUUGCAAGAUUACAUUAUUUUCCUCUUAAUUAAACAUAUUUGCAAGAUUACACUAUUUUCCUCUUAAUUAUACAUAUUUGCAAGAUUACACUAUUUUCCUUUAAUUAUACAUAUUUGCAAGAUUACACAGUUUUCCUCUAAUUAUACAUAUUUGCAAGAAUUCACUAUUUUCCUCUAAUUAUACAUAUUUGCAAGAUUACAUUAUUUUCCUCUUAAUUAUACAUAUUUGCAAGAUUACACUAUUUUCCUCCUGUCCAGUAACAUGACGGGUGUCCAUAAAGGAGCCUUACAUGAUUAGGUAACUGCAAUAGCUCAAGAUUGUUUUUUGUGCAAUAUUGUAGAAAAAUUAAGCAUUAGACACUGAAUUAGUCCGCAGCUCGAAUAGCAAAGUUACCGAAUGAGUCAUUAUAAUUAGACACAUUGAAAACCUGAUGCCAGAAGUGUGAAUUUAUUGAUUCAUUCGUUUGUGAUAAUAAAGCCCAAAACUAAGCAGUGGCUGCCGUCUGCAAGUCAUUCAUUCAUCAACCCUGAUAAUCAUAGAGUCUGUCUGCUUCAAGAAGUGUAAGGCAGCUUUAGUUCUGUUAUUCUUCAUUGUGAUAAUGGAGGCAGGUCUUAAAGUAAUAUAUAGUGGAUGAAAUCCCAGUAAAGUGGCUUAAUAACUAUUAUAGAACUUAUAUUUUGCUGUUUCUUUUUUCUCUGGUGUAAAUUUGAUGCUCAAAGUAUCUUGCUUGCACCUUGUGGGGACAAGAACAGGUUAUACACAGUAACACGGGUCGCUCGUGCUCCAGUGUUGAGUGAAUGAUGAAAAAGAACGUUGUGGUCUUUUUAGUAUCUGAAAAUUGAAUGCUUCUCCUCAACACACCCAUAACUGAGUCAUUCAAGGGAUAUGUAAUGCAGUCAGUCCAGUUUACUGGACACAAUACAAAGGCCUGGAAAUCAGAGGUGCAAGUUGCUGCUCUGCUGUGGGUGUUGCUGGCCGGCCUGUUGUCUGUGUGUGGCUUUUGGUAGGAAGUGAGGAAGAGUUGUGUGGGAGUGAGGAAGGCAGGAAGGAUGAAAGGGUUGAUAUUCAUGAGGUGAGGAACCUUUGUGUGGCUCCUCUGCGCGUUGUCUUCUUCAAACGUCCGUGUCGGGAACAGCGCAGCGCUGGACCACCUUUCUCUGAAACACAUUUAAUGUGAAUCCUGGAAGUUCAAUUUUAUGAUACUAAACAUAAUUGGAGUCACCUAUACAUAUACCUGAGUGUAGUGAGUGUGUUGGUAGGUGUGUAGCUGUUUGGUGUGUGGGUCAGCAUGUGACUCAGCAUGUGGUCAGUGUGGGUGUCAGCUUGUCUGUUGUGCAGGCCAGCGGGCCAGCAGUCAGGAAGGAGCAGCCCCCAUGGCUGCCUGACAGGCUUGUUGGUCAUGGGCUGCUCAGCUGGUCCCUGAGGAGCAGUCAGGCAGAGGCAGUAAAUGUACCACUAUUCCUGCUACACACAGUUGUUGACAGAUGAAAAUGUCUCAUCACUCAUUUAUUGGAGUGUCUUGAUGACACACAGUGAAAUAUAUACCAGUUUACAAAGAGUAUAUACAGCUUAUAAAGCCUGUAAAUGGUUAUUUGGGUAAAUCUAAAAACAUAUUAGAGUUCUGUAGGACUUGUCAGUGCUACUCUGAGGUGGGCACUUGUGGUCUGUUAAGUUUAAGAUGUUUUAUAAUUGAAAGAUAAUGAUUUUGUUGAUAUAGUAGCCCCGGCUUACUGUAAAAAAAUUCCAUUAUAUACCUUGUAUAAUGCACACCUGUACUUUGAAUCAGCUACACACACACACACACAGUGUGAGGGAUACACACACACACACACACACACACACACACAGUGUGAGGGAUACACACAUGCACACACACACACACAGUGUGAGGGAUGUCUGCAGAUGGCUGUUCACUUUAUGAAUGACACUUCAGACUGACAUGAGUGAGAAGAGUCAUUACAUAUUCACCUCUUGGCUUUGGUUUGCUCCGCCACAAAGGACUGGAUAGUCAUUUGCAGGCUACAGUGCCAUAACCUUUUCCUGAGUAGCCUAAGGCUUUCUUCACACUUGACACAGCUGGACACACCUCACAGAUAAACAAAACCUCAAAGAACAACAAACCUUUGCAUCAUUCCACGGUUCAUGUUGUUGCUGCAGGGAUAACUCAGACUGGUAGCUGCGAAACAUUACCUAAUUAUUUAUACCCGUGCUUUUGUUCUGAUGUAUUGAUGACGUUCUUAGUGACACAUUUUGCUCCAUUAAUUUUGCAUAUGUACUGUCAUCCUUCUAAAUAAUGCUAUACUCCUAAGUGUGUGUUUUAUGUUAUAUAUUGUGAAAAUCUUUUAUGUUAUGUAGUCUGAAAAUCUUGAAUCAUUAUAAUAUAUAUAUAACAACCUGUUCCUUAUUAUUAUACAAUUGUUUCCUAUCUUGACAAUCAUUAAGUGUAUAUCUGUGUAUUUUUCAUUCAGGCUUGAUUCUUGGAUGAUAUAGUGGAAGUACGCUAUGUUCCAACGACCUCUUAUUAUGUUAUGUCAGACAAGUGUGGCUCCUCUGGCCCGGGUGAGACAGUGGGUCGUAUUCUUAAACAUUUUUUUAAUAGAAGUGCAGGAUUGUUUUAUUUUACAUAGGGUACAUAAAUUGAGAGGUACAGAGGUAAGGAGGAGGUAUUUGUGGCCUUGAUGGGUCAGGAAAACUAUUAAAGAAUUGCAGGGAUUUUUUUAUAUUGCAUAAGGUACAGAAAAUCAAUAGACACAGAAAACAGGUGAAGGUAGUUAUGGACUUAAUGGGUCAGGGAGAAUAUAAUCGAGGUGCAGGGAUUGUUGUAUACUUCAUAGGGUACAGAAAUUUAAAGCACUCAUUAACUACCUUGGAAGUACUGUGAAUAUACUAAAGAUUAACCCAGUAGCAGUGACGGGCCAAAUUUGUGACUUUACCGUGUACCAGCGACAGGCCAAAAUUUUGCCUUGAUAUAAACCCCCAAAAAUAGAUGAUGCAUAAACUGAUCACAAAUGCGUUGAUAUGUAUUAUGAAAUGGUUUGCGUCAGUGAUGAUUUUUUCUCAUUUUUCUCGCUUAGAGGGACCAUUAAGAAACAUGAUCCCCGCAGCUACUGGGUUAAGGUUCAUUUAGGUGACAAGUGAACGGGUUUUGCCAUUUAUUUAAACCUGUAUUUUUGCGAUGGUGACUUACGUGCAAUCUUAAAGUUGGCCUCUUUGAGUUAAGGAUGAAAAUGAGGGUGGCAUUGAUGGCUUCCGUAGUGGUGGGUCAAAAGAUAAUGUGAUGGAAUAGGAAAUUUUGAUCUGCCCAUCGUAGGCAUACUCAGACGUCCCGAGAUAUGUUUGUUUUAUUUUACCUUUUUAUUUACUUGCCAAAUUGACCGGCAUAAGCAUUUGACAAUAAGGUCGUAAGGAAGCCUGUCGAAAGCCUACCCGAGGUCUGUCUGUGUGUUACGUUGAGUAGAACUUGCGUUAGGUAUAUGAACCGUACUGUAACUUUUGGUAGCGUGUGUGACCUGAUUUUUUGUCGCGCUGUGAUGUAUACGAAUGCUGGAAUAGCGGAAUACGUCCCCUCGAAUCUUUUAACAUGACAGAACUGCAUAGGCGGGUUGUAAUGUGUUUGUCGAUGAAAGGAAAAAAUAGAGAAAAACCCGCUCAUCUGUGUAUGCUCUGUGGUGAAUGUUAUGUGUUACGAGAUUUGUGUUACGGUCCUUUUUUUGUGUGUUGAGGAAAAAAGAGCAACUCAAUCCUGUGUUACCACCCCACCCCAUCCUCCCACCCCUCCCCCCUAUUCCUGCUCCUUCCUUCUUUCACCUCACCCCCCACCCCUCCCCCCUAUUCCUGCUUCUUCCCUCUUUCACCCCAUCCCCCACCCCUACUCAUGCUCCUACCCCCCCCUCUCCCAUUCCCUCACCCCUCCCCUGCCCUCACCACCUCACCCCCCACACCUUUCGUACCCCCCCUACCACCUCCUCCCCCUCCUUUCUACAACCUUACCUCCCCCUCUCCUAACCCCUCCCUACACCCCUUCACCCCUUCCCUCACCCCAUUCAUAACCCCCUUUUCCUCCUCCCCUCCUCCCUACCCUACCCCUUCCUCCCCCCCCUCCCCAGAAAUGCCCUUCCCCCCCCUUUCUUAAUUUAAACUUGUACUGGGUGUUCAUUUACGUCUAUCACAAACCGCAGGCCACGCAUAUACUAUUACCAUGUUCGUUCGUUUGUUUGUUUGUUGUUACUAUAUAUCAUUAAGUGUUGCGUGUUUUAGUUGUCCCGAUGAUAAGGGUGAUAUUGAUGAUGAUGAUGAUGAUACUACCACCACCACCACCAGCAUGUCUUGUGUAGUAAUUUUAUGUAGAAUUAUAACCAUAGAAAGUGAUA